AUGGAUCGGUACCUGCUGCUGGUGAUCUGGGGGGAAGGAAAGUUUCCAUCGGCUGUUAGUGGGGAGACGGAGCUUGGGCCUGAGGUGUCGUCGGUUGAGGGAACCGAGAAGCAGCCCGACUUCACAGCAGCAAAUAUUUAUCACCUCCUGAAAAAAAGCAUUAGUGCUUCAAUCAAUCCAGAUGAUAGUACUUUCCCUGCCUGUUCAGUGGGAGGUAUUCCUGGUGCCAAGAAGUGGUUCUUUGCAGUGCAGGCAAUAUGUGGAUUUUAUCAGUUUUGUAGUUCUGAUUGGCAAGAGAUACAUUUUGAUGAAGAAAAAGAUAAGAUUGAAGAUGUUCUUCAAAAAAAUAUUGAAGAAUGCUUGAGCACUGUUGAGUGUUUUGAGGAAGAAGAUUGCAGUAGCAGGAAAUCCUUACCCUUGGCUGAACUAUAUGAAGAAUCUGCAGAAAAUUUGCAUCAGUUAUCAGACAAGCUUCCUGCUCCUGGGAGAGCAAUGAUAGACAUAAUACUAUUGCCUUCUGAGAAAGAUCCUCCUAAAUUAAAAGACUGUUUGCCUGCUGUAGGGGCAUUAAAGCAUCUGAGGGGAUGGCAUUCGGCAAAAGUCACUGUAGCGGGAAAUCAUUUGGAAACAAAUUGUCAGAAAAUUGCAGAAUACCUUUCUGCUAAUGUUGUGUCUUUAGAAGAACUCAGAAAUGUUAUUGAUCCCAAGGAAUUAUGGAGGGGAAAGAUUCAGAUUUGGGAAAGAAAGUUUGGAUUUGAAAUUAGUUUUCCUGAGUUUUGUUUAAAGGGAGUCACACCUAGGAGUUUUAGUAUGUCUAAUUUAAAUACUUGCUUUCUUGCCAAAAAGAUAACACCAUCAAAAGAUAAGAAUAUUUUGCCUAAGGUUUUCCAUUAUUAUGGCCCUGCUUUACAAUUUGUGCAGAUGAUAAAAUUAUCAGAUGUACCCUCCUGCUAUAUGUCGGAUAUUGAAUUUGAAUUAGGACUGAUAGAAAACCAUGCCAGGCAGAAUUCCACGUUGCUGUUGGAGCAGAUUUCUUCUCUGCGUAGCAAGGUUGGUGCUCUUUUUGUGCUGCCAUGUACCAUUUCGAGCAUACUUCUUCCACCUCCCCACCAACUCAGUUCCAGGAAAUGGAAGGAGUAUAUAGCUAAGAGGCCUAAGACACCCUGGGUUCCAGAUGUUGAAGUGAAAGGAGAGCAUUCUAGCUAUUAUCUCCUGUUACAAGGCAGUGGCAAUAGGAAGUGCAAAGCCACAUUGAUUCACUCGGCCAACCAGAUCAAUGGCUCAUUUGCACUCAGUUUAAUUCAUGGAAAGAUGAAAAUAAAUAAAGAAGAAGCCAAAUUGAGCUUUCCUUUUGAUUUCUCACUUCUGUGUUUUACUGGAGAGCAGGUUUUACAAAGAGAAAAACAGUUAGCUAAUGUUCAAGUUUUGGCUUUGAAAGAAUGCCUGAAAAGGAGAAAGUUGGCAAAACAGCCUGAAGCACUUUCUGCUGAGGAACUCAAAAGUCUGUUAAUACUCACAAGGGAGCGCUUUUUAGAUCGUUUUGAUGCUCUUAUUCCUAAAACAACUCUCAGACACACAGACAAAAUUAAAGCCUCCUGUAUGUUAAAUGCUACCAGUCCGGUAGAGCCUGAUUCUUCAAGUCAAAGGGAAAUCAAUCCCCUGGAAUGGCCAGAAAGACAUGUUAUUCAAAAUUUGGAAACUUUUGAAAAAGCUAGACAAAAAAUGAGAACUGGUUCUUUACCUAGUUCAUCUGAACAGUUGCUGGGUCAUAAAGAGGGUCCACGGGAUUCAGUCACAUUAUUGGAUGCUAAAGAAUUGCUGAAACAUUUCACCUCAGAAGGAUUACCAGUGGGAGAUCUUCAACCCUUACAGGUUCAGAAAGGGGAAAAGACUUUUGUUUUGACACCAGAACUUAGUCCUCAGAAGCUCCGGGUCUUACCUUUUGAAAAAGCUUCAGUAUGUCAUUAUCAUGGAAUUGAAUACUGCUUGGAUGACCGAAAAGCUUUAGAGAGAGAUGGGGGAUUUUCUGAACUUCAGUCUCGUCUGAUUCGUUACGAAACUCAAACCACCUGCACCAGAGAAAGUUUUCCCUUGCCCACUGUGCUGAGCCCCCUUGCGUCUCCUGCAGUUUUAUCAGAUCCUGGAAGCGUCCCUGAUGGAGAAGCUUUACAAAGUGAAAUCCGAAAAAGUGAACUCCGAACUGAAGUCUCUCGACUAAAACGGAGAUCUAAAGAGCUGAAUGGCCUUUAUCCCAAAAAGAGACUUGUGAAAUCUGAAAGUUCAGAUUCUCUUCUUUCUCAAGCAAGUGGCAAUAAUCAUCAGCAUCAUAAUUACUUGGUGACAUCCAGAAAGCCACGGGCAGAGCAGUCAUUAUCAACACCUUGUCCAUUGGUUCCAAUUCCUAGCUGUGAAACUUCAAAAGUCACUGCAAAGUCCAGUUCAGGACAGAAGAGUGUACAUGAAUCAAAAGCAUCAAAGCAGAUUAAGGAAUCGAGAUCACAGAAACAUACACGGAUACUGAAAGAAGUAGUGACUGACACCCUGAAGAAACACAGUAUUACUGAGGCUCAUGAAUGUUUCACUGCAUGCAGCCAGCGUCUCUUUGAAAUCUCUAAGUGCUACCUACAGGACCUUAAAACUUCAAGGGGACUACUUGAAGAAAUGAAGAAAACCGCAAACAACAAUGUUGUACAGGUAAUUGAAUGGGUAUUAGAAAAGACAAGCAAGAAAUGA